UCUGCCCCGCACCCUCCGCGUCGAACACCAGAUCCGGCCACCGCUCCACCUCUGUCCAUCUCACGCCAACGCCCACUGGCGUCCUCGUUCCUCCCUGCCGGGGAGCGGCGGAGAGCUUUUCACCUCGUCUUAGGGACCUCUGGCUUCCUUCCCCCUGCCGGCGAUCGGCGGAGAUCCGCUGUUCUAACAUCGUCUCCCGCUGCUGACUUGUGAACAAGGCAGCAGCAUGGUUCAGUUUGGAAACAUGUCAUCAAAGAAGAUAGAGUUGGAUCACAAGGACAUGGUCCAUGAUUCUGCUAUCGACUACUAUGGCAAGCGCCUUGCCACUGCCUCCUCAGACUCUACCGUGAAGAUCAUCAACAUUGGCGCGGCAAAUGCCCCAUCCCAGGUCCUUGCAACGCUUAGUGGCCACUAUGGUCCUGUGUGGCGUGUUGCUUGGGCCCAUCCAAAGUAUGGCGCUAUCCUUGCUUCGUGCAGUUAUGAUGGCCGUGUCAUUAUUUGGAAAGAGGAUGCACGAGGCAAUUGGUCUCAAGUCCAUGUGUUCAGUGACAACAAGUCAUCUGUCAACUCCAUUGCAUGGGCUCCGUAUGAGGUUGGGCUUUGCCUUGCCUGUGCAUCUUCAGGUGGAAGAAUAUCCAUCUUGACGAUGCGAGCUGAUGGGGGUUGGGAUACUGCAACCAUUGAGCGAGCACAUCCUGUUGGUGCGACUGCCAUAUCCUGGGCUCCUGCAACAGAUUCAAUAGCUGGCACAGGGGAGUUUGUUUACAAGCUUGUCUCAGGAGGGUUUGACUCGGUUGUUAAGGUCUGGGGAUUCAACAAUGGUAGCUGGAAGCUGGAGAGUGCUCUUAUCUCUGACAUGCACACAGAUUGUGUGAGGGAUGUCGCGUGGGCACCAGUUUUGGGAUUGGCCAAAUCGACCAUUGCCAGCGCUUCACAAGACGGGAAGGUUGUCAUCUGGACCAGGGGAAAGGAUGGAGACAAGUGGGAGCGGAAGCUCAUGCGUGACUUUGGUUCCCCUGUCUGGAGGGUGUCCUGGUCCUUGACUGGGAACAUAUUAUCCAUAGCUGCUGGUGGGAACAAUAUAACCCUCUGGAAGGAAGGGUCAGAUGGGCAAUGGGAGGAGGUGAUGAAGGUUGAAACAUAGGAUGUCCGUCAAGUUUUCUGAAGAUAAAGUGUGUUUUACUAGUGUUUCCUGCAGAUCCAUGUUUCGACGUGGACAAAGUUUGCCGUUGUGCUUCGACAGAACAUCCAAUUCACUUAUUUUGGUACUUUCUGACGAGGCAAUUAUACUCUUGGAUGGAUCCCGUGCGCUUUAGAGUGGUAAUUUCAGAUCGGUGAGCCUGUUUAGUUCUGUAUAUCCUCAACUUCUUUUUUGGUGGAACAUCAGAGCUGCUGCAAGUAAUGUUAUCUAAUAAGCACUGUAGCAAUUUCUAUUGCUGUUUGUGCUGCGGCUACUGUAGCGCUGCUCUGGUGCGCGCCAUCGUUUGAGUUUUAUUGAUUUGUUGUGCAAGCAUAACAUAGCAAGAUUCUAUAAUUCGUUCCGCGUGUCAUUCCGGUGAUAGAUUUAUGACAUUUGAGGAAGGGAUAUGUUUGUAAUAAAAAAGUAAUUCAAUCUAGAACA